CAGCGUCACAAUCGAGCAUGGAUCGAAUAUUGCGGUAGUUCCUCAGGAUGCCGCUCGACCAGCAAAAGGCACUCCUCUUUGGAUCUGCUGCGGCAGUGAGGUUGCUUUUGUUCACUGCAUUCCCGUCAUUACCGAACCGCCUCGCUGGCCGCGUUGAGGUCUCCACGCCUGUAACGAGCUUCAAGAGACUCCAAGAAGGCCUCUUCCUCUAUACGCACAAUGUCUCGCCGUACGACGGAGGCGUGUACCACCAGGCACCCCUCCUUCUCCCGCUAUUCUCACUCCUGCCGAAUCCGUCAUACUACCCUUUCGCGACGAGUGUGCUCUUCACCAUGGUGGACUUGUUGAGCGCUCUUGCUCUGGCUCAAAUUGCAGAGAGCGGGCAGUCAGUUGUGACUCGGCUGUUCAAAUCUUCGCGGAAAGACUUGCGUUGGAGCAGUGUGGCCAUUGCGGCAGGCUUUUUGUUCAACCCUUUCACGGUCGCGACAUGCAUUGCUCGCUCCACGUCGGCCUUGACGAACCUCUUCAUCCUCACAGCCAUGGCGAAAGCGUCGCAGGGAGCUAGCUUUACCUUCGUGCUCGCUCUGUCCUUCGCAUCGUACCUGGCCAUGCACCCGCUCCUUCUCUUUCCGCCGCUCCUGGUUCUCCUAUACGACGCCCGUGCCUCGAAAACGAAGUCUGCUCCUAGCCCCUUCCUAUUCUCGGUGGUACAUACACUCGGUCUGGCUGCAGCAGUCUGUGCGUUGCUCUUCGUGUCGGCGCUUCUUACGGGAUCGUGGGACUUCCUAGCGGCGACAUACGGCGUGCGACUUCUUCUACCUGACCUCACACCCAAUGUGGGCCUGUGGUGGUACUUUUUUACCGAGAUGUUCGACUCCUUUAGGGAGUUCUUCUUGGGCGUCUUCUGGCUUCACGUUGCAUCCUACAUGCCAGGUCUCACAAUUCGGCUUCGCAAGCAGCCCUUAUUUGUUGCUACCACAUUGACAGGCAUCUUCGCUAUUUUCACGCCAUACCCUAGCAUCGCUGAUGCAACUUUGUACCUUUCACUGGUGCCCCUUUUCAGGCAUCUGUUCCCAUUAAUGCGGUACACGUUUCUGGCUUCAGCGAGCAUCCUCUACGCAUCGUUUCUCGGUCCUGCCUUCUACCAUCUGUGGAUCUACGCCGGCUCUGGGAAUGCCAAUUUCUUCUAUGCCAUUACGUUGGUUUGGAGCUUGGGCUUGUCGAUCAUUGUUGGAGACUCGCUGUAUGCGGCAUUAAGGGAUGAGCUGGAUGUCGAGAGACCUGAAUUGCGGGGCGAAGAGGUGAAACGCAUAUAGAAAUGAUCAAACUGAUGAACAGGCAUGACAAGUACAAAAAGCCCACUUACACCCUGUCUUCCAGCCGUCCUUUCCAUCAAGCUCAGUACCCACUUGUCAGCCUGUGGAUGAGCUCUUGAAGUAAUCUAGGACCGCGUGUACAGAGCUGCUAACCUCUAAUGAGUUCCGU